AUGCACGACGACAAACGAGGUGAAUCCUCAAAGCGACCACCACCGCGGCUGCCGGUCAUUGCACCCAAGGAUGACCGCUCGUCCUCGGCUAGCUCGAGUCGUAGUGGUCAAUUAGGCCCAACCAUUCCUCCGCGCGCCCGAUUACCGCCCCGAUCACGAACUGGAUGCUGGACAUGCCGCACGCGCAAGGUGAAAUGUGACGAACGCCGACCAGAGUGUGGCCAGUGUAGUCGGUUGGGUCAUACUUGCGACUACAGUCCGCGCCUAUCAUUUCGAGAUGACACUCCGCGGGUGAGAGAGCGGAUGCAGGAUAUCACGGUGGUUACAAACACCAUAUGGGACUCCAACUCACCUGCAAGAACUGACACCAGCGCCGGGUCUGUACCAGUAGAUGAUCUGCCACCUUUUGCGGCCUUGAUGACCGACGAAGAACGAGAGAAAAAGGCGGAACACUCCAGUCCGGGCACAUACAACGUGGUUGUCAAUCAGGACAGUUUCCAACACCUGCCCGAGUACAACGACGAAUCCGCCAUCAAAAGAGAACCGGCUGUGCCUCUGCGCCGAGCGUCAAUUGCGGCAACCCACGUAAGCCUUUCCGGACGGGACAUCGCAGUUGAAGGUGUCCCGUUAGCAGGAGACCCCAAUGUCGUCGUAUUACCGAGAUUUGAGGACAUUGCACGACGCAACACAUUCAGUUCGUCCAAGGACCUACACUCCCAGCUGUCUCCUCUCGCGAAACAAAGAUUCAUCAAGGAGGAGGAAUCGGACGAGAUUGCUAUUGUGGACGAGCCGAUGUCGAUUAUGGAAGAUGGUUUCGACUCUGAGGGACAGCGAUACUCUCGACAAUUUCGGUACGUGGUCUGGAAACAACUGGUACCUGCGGAGCUUGAUCAGAUGGAUGGGAUGGAGCGAUCCAGUGUUGAACUCUUGGAGACAGCUGCGCGGGUGUUUCCUCCGUUACGACAUGCUAUGAUGGCCCUUGCUGCGCUGAGUCUAGCUUCAACAGAGAGUAAUUCUAGACUCGACGCGUUACAGCACUAUCAGCAGGCUCUACCUGCACUCCAAAGCGUUCUAAGGGGACCCGAUGAUUUAUCCUCGGAUGGAGCCUUCUUGACCCAUUUUUUGUUGCUGGUAUACGAGAUUGCCGCGGCCGAAGCUGACAGUUCCCGUCUAUGGUCCCAGCAUCUCUCGACACUUCUACGGAUUGCGCUGCUCCGACGUGACGUCUUUGGCGGCGAAAGAUAUCCUUUUGUUAUCUGGUGGAUCUGCAACAUCGAUCUGGACGCACUUUUCAGUGGAGCUGGAGGAGGCGAAUUUGUUGGAUACAUGCUUCAACACGAUAGUAUACCUGGGCCCAGUUUUCAUCUGCAUCCCCUGGGCAUGGACGGAUCGAGCAUUGUUUACAGCGGAGAACUGGAGUCAUUGCCGACCAUCUUGCAACUCGACUACGAAGUCACUAUCCUGGCCGUUCGGUUGGCGAUGCUUGCGCAUGAAUUCCGCCAUGACACGACUUUUGCCUCCGCGGAUUACUUACACAGGGUGCAGGCCGUGCAAAUUCGCCAAAGUCGAAUCUAUGAGCUUCAAGAGUCUUUGCGGCAAUUAUGGCUCAAUCCCGCCGUCGCAAUGAUUGGACAAAUUGGUAACGGCCUCCCGGAGCGAUCGAUCCGGCUCUACGAACACGCUGCGGCGUUGUACCGUGCAUGUAUCCUCUUUUCACACACGUCGAUGUGGCCUGGUCAAAGACUCGACACAUCUCCCGACUACGACACGGAAAUUGCAGUGGCGUCCAAUCAAAUUCUACAGAUGACAAUGAAAGCGCACGCCGAGGACAGAUAUCAUUGUCGUUACCUGGUAUUCCCUGUAUUCAUGGCAGGGUACUGCAGCACGGACGGAGGCCAACGCAUGCAAGCACUUGAUUUGAUCCGUGCAAUGGAGAAAAACAGUAUCGGACGGAACACGAGUGUUACACGAAGGGCACUAGCUACAGUGUACGAGAAACAGAACGAACGCUUUAUGAACACGGGACAAAGUCUCGAUGUUGACUGGAUGCAAGUCAUGACCGAGAAGGAGCUUUUGGUAAUUAACUUUGGUCUAUGA